CAUCGUGAAGACAUCGCUUGUUUGUUACUGUACGUGUCGAUCAUUUUCUUAUGCCACUUCAUCGCUAAUUUGAAUGAUGAUAAGGAAGACAUAUUGUCGCCGUUCGUAUUCAAGUACCGAACAUCGCGUGAUGGAUACCAACCCCAUUUAUUCUCGUUUUCGAAGAGAUAAACACAAAUGUGAGAAUCCCUUCUAUGUGCUGAUGUGCGGCACUCAGUAACAAGUUCGCUUGGCAAACCGCCGUCUACCCGUGCAUCUACAGGAUCUAUUACCCGUCCAGCGAUUCCAUCAACAACAACCAAAUCGUUGUGAUGGUACCCAUCGAAAUCACUCAAUUCCUCUAUAUCAAGCUUUGCAUGCUCUCCAAGCCGAGCCCUACGACGGUUUGCUCUGCCGUCUUCCUCCUCAGCGGAUGACUCGGAAGAUGGAAUGUCAGCUGAUAAGGGACUUUUCACGGAAUUGUCACGGAAGGCCAUUAAAGGUGCCGCAACAUGAUGUCGUAAAGUUGAACGCCUUCCAGCGGAAAGAUUAGACGACAGAAACUUCGUGAUAGGCGACUGACGGAAUGGGCUUUUGAUAAAAAUAGGGUCUUUCCUUCGCCGUUUAUGGAUAGGAGUAUGAUCAGUGGGGCUAUUCCUUCGCUUCGGUUUCGGUGCAGUACCGUUGAUGUUGAACAGUCCCCCAUUUGAUUCAUUCGGAACCAUGAAUGAACCCAACCCUAACCCGCCAACAGCACGCUUCGUCUCAGUGGUGACGACCGAGGCGUCUUUCACGGUUCGAGGUCUGUUGUUCCUGAAAAAGGGAAUAGAGCAAUCAAUCAUUCAAAAGAAAAGGCAACAAGUACUUAGGGUGCUCCAUAGCAGUGAAUAUCUUUUGCUGUGUAAGAAUGAAUACUGA